UCCCGUCAGUGACUGUGUUACUUCAUUGCAAAAUGCUUUGGACAAUGGAUAAAGCAUCGAGGCUCCUCUUCUGGUGUGGCCUGAGCCUUCUUCUGGCUGGAGUUUCUGAAACAGUGAUUCCGCUGUCCUUUUGGGUGACCUUCUCCGGGGCAUUUUUGGUUCUUGGAAAUACCUACUUGCUCUUGGCCAGCUUCAAGAUACCAGUAACGGGAAAGGCAGUGCUUGUCACCGGAUGUGACACGGGUUUCGGCCACGCGCUGGCGCUGCGGCUCGACGCUCUGGGUUUCCACGUCUUCGCCGGGUGCUUGCGAGCGGGUGGCGGCGGCGCCCACCAACUCCGAUCCUCAGCUUCCCCUCGGCUGCAGGUCAUUCAGCUUGACAUCACGAGGGACGAAGAGGUCAACGAGGCCCUAAGAGAGGUCAAAAGCCUCUUGUCACCGAGGGGGGACAGAGAAAAGGAGCUAUGGGGGCUGGUGAGCAACGCCGGCAUCUCCACCUUCGGCGCCGUCGAGUGGACGCCUCUGCGGACGUUUCGGGAAGUCGCGGAUGUCAACGUCUUCGGCCACAUCCGGGUUAUCAAAGCCUUCUUGCCGCUGAUAAGGAAAUCUAAAGGUCGUCUAGUCAAUGUGAGCAGCGCGGAGGGACGCUUCACUGCCCCGUUUGUGGCCGCCUACGAGCUGACCAAGCACGCCAUGGAGGGCUUUUCCGACUGCUUACGACAUGAAAUGCAACGAUUUGGCGUUCACGUUUCUAUCGUCGAGCCAGGGAAUUAUACGGCAGGAACGAAGCUGCACACGGCGGAGCGCGCCGGGGCGCUGGCUGGCUCGCUGUGGUCCGCCAUGACAGACGAAGUCCGAGCCGCGUACGGCGGAGGCAGCUUCGGCCGGGUCGUCUCAUCCAUGCAAAGUGUUACCAAUACAGGGCUGGUAGACUUGACGACUGCCGUUGACGCAAUGGUCGAGGCUCUAACGCAGAGGUUUCCGCAAGCAAGGUACACGUGCAUGGAUUCCAGCCUGUAUGCCAGAGGCCUGGUGGCCCAACACUUGCCGGAAUGGAUUUACGAUUUCCUCUAUAUCACUGAAGCCCGAAAUGCUUGGUAUAACUGAGCACCUAUGACUGGUAUCGGAAUGAAGCCUAUGUGAUUUUUACUAUUAUGAUUUUUUUAUCCAUACUAUAUAUAUUCUAAGGGUACCUUCGGGUGACAUAUAGAUGGGUCAUGCUCACUGCUGCAUAUAUUUGAUUUCGUUCGCAUACAGUAAAAAUGACUAAUAAGUUUGUACAAAAUAUUGCCUGUAAAUGUUUUAUAACAUCUGAAAUUUCUGUCUAUCAAAGUUAUUCAAAACGCAGGUUAGAAUAGUUUACAUUUAGUAACUGUUUCUAUAUAAUUCAUAUCUCACCUCUAUUUCAAAAAAAUAUUUUUGUAUAAAGCUUAUAUUUAUCUAUUUCGGAACAAAGUUGGGAGAGUAAAACAAUGAAACUGGUUUCAACAAAAGUAUAUAUCACA